CUUAAUUUGCAAGUUAAUUAGAGAGAAAGAGAGAAGGAGUAGUGGAGUUAUGGAGGGAGUGAUUAUUAGGAAAGUUGUGGUAAUGGUGAUGAUCAUGAUGCUUGCAGGGGUUGAAGGGCACAAAGACAAGGCCACGCCUGCCUUCAAAGAUUGCUACGACAAAUGUUACCCUCAAUGCCAUGUUACUCGGCCCCUUUGGUGCGCCAGCUUGUGCAUAGGCAAAUGCAAGCAGUCCAAGUCCAUCCCUGAUAAUCUCUGCAACUGCACUUACAGCUGCUCCAAAUUUAUGUGCACAAAUGUGGGCUCUGAUCCGGAAAAACUGCAACGCUGUGCGAUGAGCUGCUCCAAGCUAUGCAAUACGCAAUACUAGUGUCUUUCUGUAUUUCGUAUUUGUAAACCUAUCAUGUAACUGAGAAGCAACUGGACGUGCUUAGAAAUAAAUAAAUAAAUACUGAAAAUAAAUUG